CCGUGGUUGAGUCCGUCCCCAGGUUUUCUUGCGUGUGGUGGAUCGCGUCACAUCAUCUCGUCAGUCUUCAUAACUUUGAGCUUUUUCACCUGUUGCAACAUCAUCAGUCAAACUCGGAGAGCGGGUCCCAGCAGCGACAUGGCCGCCGCCGCCACUUCACGAGCACCGGGGAAGGACGACACCACCCACAAGUUACACUUCCGAAUGAUCAACGAGCAACAAGUGGAUGAUAUCUGUAUGGACGUCUUCUACAAGCCGCACACCAUCACUCUGCUGACUGCCACCGUGCUCAGCCUGAUGUACUUCGCGUUCACCAGGGACGAUGAGGACUUGGACAACAAUCUCCGGGUUGGUGUCGUUGUGGUUGUCUCCUUCUUUUUGGUCAUCAGUGUCCUGGCCUUUCCCAAUGGACCUUUCACCAGGCCUCAUCCUGCGAUAUGGCGGAUGGUGUUUGGUCUCAGUGUACUCUACUUCCUAUUCCUGGUUUUCGUCAUCUUCCUCAACUGGGACCAAGUGAAGACACUGAUGUACUGGCUGGACCCCAAUUUGCGCUAUGCCACACGGGAAGCCGACAUCAUGGAAUACGCUGUAAACUGUACAGUGAUUACGCAGGAGCGCAUCCUGAGCCACUUCGACAUCUUUGCAUUUGGCCACUUUGCAGGCUGGGCCAUGAAGGCUUUGCUCAUCCGCAGCUACGGCCUCUGUUGGACCAUCAGCAUCACCUGGGAACUGACUGAGCUGUUUUUCAUGCACCUUCUGCCAAACUUUGCGGAGUGCUGGUGGGAUCAGGUGAUACUGGACAUACUGUUGUGUAACGGAGGAGGCAUCUGGCUGGGCAUGACUGCCUGCCGCUUUCUGGAGAUGAGGACCUACCGCUGGGCCAGUUUCAAGGAAAUCCACACAACCACAGGGAAAUUAAAGCGAGUCGUUCUCCAGUUCACCCCAGCGAGUUGGACCUACGUGCGCUGGUUCGACCCAAAGUCGUCCUUCCAGAGGCUUGCAGGCAUCUACCUCUUCAUGAUCCUGUGGCAGCUGACCGAGUUGAACACGUUCUUCCUCAAGCACAUCUUCGUCUUCCAGGCCUCUCACCCGCUCAGCUGGUGUCGUCUUAUCCUUGUCGGAGCCAUCACCGCGCCCACCGUACGGCAAUAUUACGCCUACCUGACAGACACUCAGUGUAAACGCUUUGGCACACAAUGUUGGGUGUUUGGAGCCAUUGCUUUUCUGGAGGCUCUCGCCUGUGUGAAAUAUGGUCAAGACUUAUUUUCCAAGACACAAAUUCGUUAUGUUCUCCUGUGGCUCCUCUGUCUGGCACUCAUCACACUUCUAUGUCUAUAUGGGAUGGUGUGGUAUGAACAAAAUAAAAUGACGAGCAUUUCUGUGCAGUGUGACGACUGCGACGGCGGCGGUGCUGGCGACUCGGGUGGUUUCAUCCUGGACGAUGAUAAAGGUCAGAAGGACGAGGAGCCGUCGAAAAGUUUACAACCUUCUAAACAGAAGAAAGCAUCUGGGAGGAACAGAUUUGUGAAUGGCCCCGGAGGGAAGAGACAAUAAGGAGAUGAGUGAUGCUCUGGAGAGAAACCAACACUGAGAGGGACAUUUAAUACCGUAUGAAAAAGAGCAAAAUGAGUAGGUUUUAAUAGAUAUUUGUAAGAACUGGACUUUGAAAGUGAAUGUUGCCUUACUUGGACUGUUAAAUCUAGCAGGCUCGCCUCAGCAUCAUCCUACACACGUUUUCUACCUGAAACUACUGAAAAUUGUUUGGAUGUGUUGCACUGUGAGGAGCGUGCCAGCGUUGUCCACCAGCCCGAGUUCAUAUUUUUUAUAUAAAUACAUAUAUGCUACAGACACUUUGCACAUAAUCUCUUUGUUCUGUUUUUGAAUAUUUGUACUGAAUUUAAGAGCUUUACUAGAAAAACUAAAGAUCACAAAUAUUGUUGUUUUGCAACUAAUUUAAACUGGUGAUUGUGUUAACUUUGUUGAAUGAAUGUAAUUAUUGCCAAAAGUAAACACAUUUUGCACUCAUCCAUGGUACAGUUAAGCACUGGUAAAUACUGUUGUUUCUGCUUUUUAUCGAUCAAGAAAAAGCACCAUCAGGAAAUUUUGGGAGGAACGACCAAGUGUGACUUGACCAACAACCCGUUUACAUUCGGAACCAUUUGAGCUUUUAUCAUGUGAUUACUGAAACUGUUGAGAUGUAAAUAAUGAUUUGCUAAUAUUGUGUUUUGUGUGUAAUAAUGGGGGAAAGGUGAUAAGCGUGUGGUGCAGCAACAAAACACUGUGACAAUCAAUGCAAUAUCACUGUGGUGACCGUCAGCAGCAGAUGAUAAUCACACAGUUGAAAUGAUCCUUUUCCAUUUUGAGUCAUCUUGAGUUUUUUUAAUAAUCUAAAUGAAUGUGAUGUUUACAUGUUACAGUGACUGUUUCACAUUAAGUUGUUCUUGUCAAAUUGUAUAUACUUUCAUGUUUAGGGUUGGAAGGUUUUUUGUUUUUUUAACAACCUCCCAUUAGUUUGACCAAUAAUAGUAAUAUCUACUGAAUACUUAACGCUCCAGCCUAACAAUGAUUCCAGUUUUGCAUAUGCACAAUGCUUUGAUUGUCAGGUCGUUGUUUUUGAUAUAAACUGAUUCAUAUUUACUAAUACAACUCCCAUUGGAACUUGAUAGAAACCUUCCUGGGGUAUUUAUUUUUGUUAUAACAGUGUUUCAAUGUAUUACAACACUAAAAUAAAAACAUGACUCUCCAUGA